GGAGUGGCAACUUACGCUGUGCCCGGCAAAAUGGAGCUCGAGGCCAUGAGCAGAUACACCAGCCCAGUGAACCCAGCUGUCUUCCCUCAUCUGACUGUUGUGCUUUUGGCCAUUGGCAUGUUCUUCACCGCCUGGUUCUUCGUCUAUGAGGUCACGUCCACCAAGUACACUCAGGACAUCUACAAAGAGCUCCUCAUCUCCUUGGUGGCUUCGCUCUUCAUGGGCUUUGGAGUCCUCUUCCUCCUGCUGUGGGUUGGCAUCUAUGUAUGAGCUCCAAGGGUACCAGCCAGGCGGCUUCCCGGAACCUCCACUUUUGUAAAAAAAAAAUUUUUUACUGUUGCUGGAAGCAUCCCACCUGCUCUCACAAUAAAGGCAGAUG